CUAUGGUUUUAUUCCAUUGCCAAUUGAUAUAUUGUUGUGGAUUCUAUUAUUCUCCAUUUGCUAAACCCUUAAUGAUUGAGUAAUACUAAUACCUACCCACCCCCACCAAAUAUAACCAAUCCUACAAAAAACCCAGUAUCCCUUCAUUCUCUGUUCAUCUCCACCUCCUUCACUUCAUUCAUUCAUUGCAAUUUUAAUUUUCAUUUUCAUUUUCAGUUCAUAAAAACAAAUCUGUAAAAUGUUCUUCAGAUUGUUCUUCCUUUUCCCUACCAAAUACAAGCUUCCAGAUGGAGAGUGGGAGAAAGAGAGAUAAUCAGUAACCCAUAAUCUUCGUCUUCUUAUAGCCUAAUUUUCGAAUCCAAGGAAAACCGUCGUUGAAUUCAUCUGAUCCUGUACAGGAUAUUUAUUUUGAAACGAGUAAGUGUAUGUUUCAGCUUGUUCAAUCUCAAAAAUGUCAACUACCGUAAUCAGCGAUGCGAUGGUGAUGCCAUCAACUGAAUCACAACCAGCGGCAACAAAAUCUAUAACAGAGAUAGCCGAAGUAGUAUCCGUUAAGUGCGAAUGUUGCGGAUUGACAGAGGAGUGCACGCCAGAGUACAUAGAACGGAUACGAGAACGUUAUCAACAGAAAUGGAUCUGUGGAUUAUGUGGCGAGGCGGUUAAGGAUGAGAUCGUUAGGAGCAAACGGUUGAUAACAACCGAAGAAGCGAUGACUCGCCACGUGUCGUUCUGUAGAUCGCCGAUCUCGUCAGGUCCGCCGCCUGAUCCAACCGCUCAUCUUAUUGCCGCCAUGAGACAGAUUCUCCGGCGGAGUUUGGAUUCUCCGGUGAGGUCGGUGCCGUGUAGUCCGACUACGACGAAGAUUUCUGAUGGAAUUACAAUGCUUACGAGAUCGGAGAGUUGUUUUUCUAAUCUUACACUUGUUGUUGAUUCGAGUUCGUGUCGUGAAUCAGAAUCAGUAGAAGAAGAUGUUGUUGAUGAUGAAGAUGAAGAUGAAAAUGGUGAACGAUCAAAUGAGAUUGAUGAAAUGCAUUCAACGUGAAUGAAAAUAUCUUUUUUAUGUUAGGAUGACGAUACUCCAGUGGUCCGUCAGUGAUCCAAAUUUGUCGCUCAAAAAAUAAAUCGGUACUAUGGUUUACUAAAUGACGUAUUAAUAUUAUCACAGUUAAGUUAAAUGGAUGUUCAUGGUGGUUAUGACUAUUUAAUGAGUUAAAAUGACACAGGAUAUCAGUGACA